AAGUAGAAAAUAAAGCAAAUUUAAAGUGUGUAGCACAGUGUGAACAAAAGAAGCUUUGCUUUGAUAUUCCACCUCCUACCAUUCUCUUUCACUAUACUUUUUUAAUCAUUAUAUAUUGUAAUUCCUAUAUAUAUACCCCCCACUACAUCUAUUUCCCUACUGUUGCUGACCUUAGUAACAAGAGAGCCAGAGCAGAGAAAAAACAAAGAAUUUCAAUUUCUCCUACAAAUGGCUAGAGUGGUAGGCAUUUUUCUGUGCCUCCUGAUUAUAAUCAUGGAUGUUGCAGCUGGGAUUCUUGCCUUCCAAGCUGAAAUAGCACAAAACAAGGUCAAGCAUUUAAGACUGUGGAUAUUUGAGUGUAGAGAACCAAGUCAUCAAGCCUUCAUGCUGGGUUUGGGUGCAGCAGUGCUUUUAGGACUAGCCCAUGCUAUUGCCAAUUUGCUAGGUGGCUGCAGUUGCAUUUGUUCUCAACAAGAGUUUGAGAAAGCUGCCCCCAGUAGGCAACUCUCAGUGGCUUGCCUUAUUUUAACUUGGGUCCUGUUGGCCGUUGGAUUGUCCAUGCUAGUGAUAGGGGCUUUGUCAAACAACAGAUCAGACGGUUCCUGUGGUUUAUCACACCAUCACUUCCUGUCCAUUGGUGGGAUUUCAUGUUUUGUUCAUGGCCUAUUCUGUGUUGCAUAUUACGUUUCUGCCACUUCCUCCAUGGAUUAGUGAGUUAGAUAAUGAUCUUUAACAUCAUUCCUACUGUAGUGCUUUUGGAAUUUGGCUUUUCUAAAUGUUGCUUUACAAAAUGUGUCUGAGACUUUCAUGCUUCUUGUACUUAAAAGGGGAGACAUGGAACCUUGUUUUUGGAUGAUUAAACUACUCUCUCCAGUGACUUGUAUCAUGGAUCAUUAAUUAACAGAGUUUUAGUUGUUUAAGUAUGCA